AUGGAAGUUAUAAUUAUGGGAUCAUUUAUUGGUGUUGAACUUUCUAAUGCAGAAAAGAAUAGUAAACGUGGUGUUCUCCAGAUACAGAAUGCAUUUAUUUAUAAUUAUGCAUGCUUAGAAGAUUCAUCUUUAA